ACGAAUCUUUUAACCUUGUCAAAUUUUGUUUUUCUUUUCUCUCUGAACCCGAAAACUCCAGCAAUGUCGUCGGCGAAACUUUUCGGUUGUUCUAUUAACGUUAACGUUGAGGCAGAGGAAGAAGAAGGCGGUGACGGUGGUAGCUCAACCAACGUGGAGGUUUCUCGAUCUGGUAACCAACCGGAUUGUGAAGCUAUGAGUUUCUCCAAUCAGAUGGAAAUCGGCGUUCGCAAUACAUAUUACCAGUUUCUAGAGUCGAAUUCAGAUUCUGGAUCGGAUUCUAUGUAUGCAGAACCUGAAUUCAUCGAUUUCUUCGAUCGAGAGUCGUACGAGGUCGACACGGUCCGUGAGGUUUGUGUAAGUUCGAAUCAGAGGGUUAGUACUCCAGGUUAUUUCAAUAUUUGGGAUCAGGAUGUAGAUUUAGGGCUUGGAAUCGGGUUAGGUUCAAGGUCGGGUUCGGGUCAGUUACCUGGUGAUUCAGGUGGGGUUGGGGUCGAAGUUGGUAGGGGUGUUACUCCUGUUGAGUAUAAUCUCUUUGGAGAGGAAGCUAUGGUGGUUGAUGAAGUAUUGGAAUGGGAGAAUUUCAAUAACGCUAUCCACUUGGUUCAAGAACCUGCCUAUGCUAGUAUGGAGGGAGAAGAAGAAGAAGAAGAAGACGAAGUAGUAAUGGAAUUUGCAGCAUCCAUUUAUAGUGAUGCUUGGGAAAUAUUAUUGUACGAUAACAUGACAAACUCUGCUCCUAUGGAUUUGGAUGUUGAAGUUUGGCUAGAUAGUGUAGAUGGAUAUGCUCCUAUGGAUUACAAUGCUAUCAUAGGACAAAUGUUUGAUAACGAGACUGGAAUCAAAGGAACUCCUCCUGCAUCCAAAAGUGUAGUAGAUGGUCUUCCUGAUGUGGAGCUUACCAUUGAAGAAUUGAGCAGUGUGAGCAUUGUUUGCGCGAUAUGCAAAGAUGAGGUUGUGUUUAAGGAGAAAGUUAAGAGGCUUCCUUGUAAGCAUUACUAUCAUGGAGAGUGUAUAAUACCUUGGUUGGGGAUAAGGAAUACUUGCCCGGUUUGUCGGCAUGAGCUUCCUACUGAUGAUCUGGAGUAUGAAAGGAAGAGGAGAGCAUGAAGGCGUGGUAGUGGCGGGUUGGAAAGGGAGUCGAUGCUCGGGUAGAGAAGGAGUAACUGUGCGUUAUAUCUUCGAUAAUUGUCUAAUCAGUAACGAUCUGUUCCUCGUUGAUAUGAUGUACAUAUUGGUUCUAGAUAAUAGGAAGCAUACAUUUUUUAGCCAUAUCUUUUUGCAAGUUAUUUAGGUUCAUUAAUCUUAUUAGACUUUGCAGGUAAUUGCAGUCAGAGGUUAUAUUUAAUUGUUGAUCCGACUUUGAUUAGUUCUAAAUAUGAUUUUUUUCGGAUGUGGUUUUGUUGCUUUAACAGCGCAAGAUUCUACUGUAAAACGUGAAAGAAAGUGAAAAGCUCAAUCAUGUUAUUUUU